AUGACGGAAAUCACAAAGUCAACUCCCGUCAACAGUUCUGCUUCCAGCGAUACCUUGGAAGCUGCCACUCUUCCAAUUGCCAGUGCAGCAGAAAAGGCACAAGACACUGAAGCCCAGCUACCCGUCGUCCCAUCACCUCCUCCUAAUGGCGGACGCGUAGCUUGGAUCCAAGUCCUCUGCGGAUUCUUGCUCUUCUUCAAUACAUUUGGCAUUCUCACCACGUUUGGCGUCUACCAGACAUACUAUGAAUCGCCAGAAUCCCCCUUUACGCGCGCCACAUCCGACAUUUCGUGGAUCGGAUCGAUUCAGGCAUUUCUGCUUCAGUUUGGUGGCAUUCUCGCUGGACCUUUUUUUGACAAGGGCUACCUUCGCACUCUGCUUGGCAUGGGCACCUUUUUCAUUGUCUUUGGCCACAUGAUGCUGUCCAUCUCCACGGCGUAUUGGCAUGUGUUGCUUGCGCAGAGCUUCUGCGUUGGUCUGGGAAUGGGCUGCUUGUAUGUGCCCUCGAUAUCACUUCUACCAUCGUACUUUUCCACCAGGCUCGGGUUGGCUGUUGGUCUCGUCUCGUCUGGAAGUGCAGUUGGCGGCGUCAUCUACCCCAUCAUUCUGCAGCGCCUGAUUCAGCAAGUCGGCUUUGGAUGGGCAGUGCGAGUUGCUGGAUUUGUCGCGCUCGUUACACUCUUGGUUCCAUUGGCACUCAUGAGGAUGCGCAUUAAGCCCUCCAAGGCGAGAGCGUUGAUUGAUUGGACAGCAUUUACAGACCUACCCUUUAUGUGGUUUACUCUGGCCACUGCUGUCGGGUUCAUGGGCCUCAACGCUUUCCAAAUCUUCUUUGCAUUUUACGCCAAGGAGCAGGGCAUCGCCAGCACAGACUUUGCAUUUAACCUUGUAUCCAUGUAUAACGGCAUGUCCGCUGUUGGCCGCAUUAUUCCCAACGCGCUGUCCGACAAGAUUGGCCAGUUCAACAUUCUCGCUCCAUCAAUGAUUGUUGCCGGCAUCGUGUACUACUGUACCAUUGUUACACACUCAAUUGGUCCUAUGAUCGCCAUCACUCUUCUCAGUGGCUUCUUCUUGGGUGUGUUGACUGCGUUGCCGCCCGUAUGCUUUACCAUCCUCACCAAGGACAAGACCAAGAUUGGAACACGCAUCGGUACUGGCUUUGCUAUUAUUGCAUUUGGAAUUCUGGCAGGUGGCCCUGGAGCCGGUGGUAUUCUGCAGCACACGAAGCCCCUUGCCUGGACAUCUACGUGGAUCUUUGCUGGAACUCUAAUGGUAUCCUCUGGAUUUAUGUAUGCUGCUCUGCGCUUUGCUCGCUCAGGAGGCAAACUCUGGAUUAAAGUAUAA